AUGGGAGACUUCAACGAAAUUGUGUACGUUGAGGAAAGGAAAGGGGUGACCAGCUUGCCAGCCUCUGCUAAAGAAUUCAGAGCCUGGAUUAACGAUAUGGAGUUGCUAGAUAAAUACCCGGACACUAUUCUAAGAGGAGGACCGAGAGGCUUAUCAGAUCACUGUCAUUUGAUAGUGGAAGAUAGAAGAUUAGUUCAGGGUACGAAACCUUUCCGUAGUUUAGACUCGUGGUUCACACAUGAAGGUUUCCAAAGGAUGGUAAAGGAAGAAUGGAGGAGGUUGGGUGAUGUACAGUUUUUAGAUAAAUUGAAAGCACUAUUAAAAUCUUUGAAUAGAUGGCACAAGCAGUACUUUAGGAACAUACCUGAGAAGAUACAAAAGUUUGAAGUCGAGAUCAAGAAAGUGGAUGACAUGGUUAGCAACGGUGUACAUGAUGGUACUAUAGAAGCAAGAAGAAAGACGCUGGUAAGAUGUUGUGAGAUAUGGUAUACGAGACAAGAUAUACACUGGAAGCAAAUGUCUCGAUCAAGGCAUGCCAAGGAGAUGGACAGGAAUACUAGACACUUCAACAAUAUUGCGUCAGCAGGGAGAAAAAACAACCGGAUUGACUCUUUAGUGAUUAAUGGAAGGUUAGUAAGGAAUCAUGCAAGGAUUAAGGUAGCCACUAGAGACUUCUACAGGAACCUACACCACCAGGAAGACUCAUCGAAUAUUAACUUUCGGGAUGGCCUAGUAAAUUGGUUGGAGUUGGAGGAAGCUCAAGCACUAGAGGUGUUAACAUCGGCGGAGGAGGUAAAGGAUGCGGUCUGGGAAUGUGAAUCAUCUAAGGCUUCGAGUAGUGAUGGAUAUAACACGAACUUUAUAAAGAGGUGCUGGGAGGAGAUUGGAGUAAAAUUCACUAAAGCUGUGUUGAGUUUAUUUGAGAUGGCGAGAUUACCAGCAGAGUCCAACGUUACUUGGGUAGCGCUAGCCUCGAAGUUUCUGGGUGCGAAGGAGAUAAAGGAUAUUAGACCGAUCAGUAUAGCUCGGUGUGUUUACAAGGUCAUAUCAAAAGUGUUGACAAAAAGGAUGAAGAGUGUAAUCCCAGGGUUAGUUGGGGAAUCACAAAGUGCAUUUGUCAAAGGACGACGGAUACAUGAUGGAGCGCUAAUAGCAGGUGAGACUGUACAAUGGCUAAAACUGAAGAAGAAGGCAUCAGCAAUCAUUAAAUUGGACUUCCAGAAAGCCUAUGACAGAGUCAAAUCAAAUUUUGUUGAUAUUGUGCUAGAAAAGAUAGGAUUCGGUAGAAGAUGGAGGGCCUGGAUCACAUAG